CUACUGUACAUAACAACAAAACACAUUUAAACAUAAGUAAACUCUUCCUCUAAAUACCGUCAUAUUACGUUAAAGUUUACAACGCCUACAUACUUUCAUAACACAUUUGCUUAUUUUUCCUAGACUCCUUAUAACCGAUAAAAUGUUUAACAGUUUAAAUUCUAAAAAAGCAUGGAUUCAAAGAUAUAAUAUUUAUUUAAUACUAAAGCACCAUUAAAUCCUAAUACAAAUAGAUGAUUGCAUGUAUGUUUUAUUUGAAAUGAAGUUAUUAAGUUCCUUUUACUAAAACAAUUACUACCUACUAUACACAAAACAAAAACAACAAAAAAAAAAACAUACAAAAUGCAUGUAACAUGUAACGCUGGUUCUUUUGAUGAAGAAUCAAUAACCCCAGCUAAUAGUGAAGACACAUUUUUUGGUAACCGAAGAGACUUUAGCAAAUACACUUCCAUAUGUAAUCCAAAAAAUCACAAAUUAAAAACCAGAAGUCUGUAUAGUUUAGCCGUUCCGCCGGAAAAAACUGAAGAAAUCAAAUUACAUCGCAGAUCCGAGUCGAAUAUUCAAGGACUUUCGGAUUCAAGUACAUCGGCGUGUAAAAAAUUAAAUUUGACCAGCAACAACGUUGAGAUAUUGUAUGAAGUGCACAAGUCUGCAGACACUGAAGAUGAUUCGAAUGUAGAUGAAGAAAGUAAUUCACCGGCAGCGGGUAAAUGUUGUAGCAGUUUGUCAUUUAAGUCGGUCUUAGGUUUUUGGAAAAAAUCAAAUUGCAAGUCUUCAAAAAAUACAUUAGGCCUCGAAGUUGACGAUAAUCUCAUGUCCGAUAAAAAUAUACGUCGAUUGUCACAAAUCAGGCGACGACGAAAUUCCUACUAUUUUUCGGACAACGAACGAAGAAUACGGGCCAAUGAUAGAGAAUUUAAUGCGCAAUUUAAAUACGCUAACAACUACAUAAAAACGUCCAAAUAUAGCUUAAUAACUUUUCUACCACUCAAUCUACUCGAACAAUUUCAACGUCUUGCCAACUUCUAUUUUUUGUGCCUUUUGGUGCUGCAACUGAUUCCAGCCAUAUCAUCAUUGACACCAAUUACAACAGCAAUACCACUUAUAGGAGUAUUGACAUUGACAGCAGUUAAGGAUGCUUAUGAUGAUAUUCAACGCCAUCUGUCAGAUUCCCAUGUAAAUAAUAGAAAAUCGAAAACCUUGCGAAACGGCAAAUUAGUUGAUGAAAAAUGGUCAGGUGUACAGGUUGGCGAUGUGAUCCGUAUGGAGAACAAUCAGUUUGUUGCUGCCGAUAUAUUAUUAUUGUCAACAAGUGAACCAAAUGGUUUAUGUUUUAUUGAAACAGCUGAACUUGAUGGCGAAACAAAUUUAAAAUGCAAACAAUGUUUAACAGAAACAAUUGAAUUGGGUCAAAAACAUGACUUGAUUUGGGGAUUUAAUGGCGAAAUAAUCUGUGAACGGCCAAAUAAUCAUCUAAAUAAGUUUGAAGGAACAUUAAUGUGGAACAAUCAAAGAUUUGCAUUGGAUAAUGAGAAGAUACUUUUACGUGGAUGUGUUCUAAGAAAUACCCAGUGGUGCUAUGGCGUUGUUGUAUUUGCUGGAAAAGAUACAAAACUUAUGCAAAAUUCUGGAAAAACUCAAUUCAAAAGCACAGGAGUAGAUAGACUAUUAAAUUUUAUCAUUAUUGGUAUCGUCCUUUUUCUUCUUUCUAUAUGCGCAUUUUUUACUGUAGCUUGUGCAGUUUGGGAAGGUUUUAUUGGGCAACAUUUUCAGGUUUACUUACCAUGGGAAAAUAUUAUACCCAAAGAAGUUGCGCAAGGUGCCACUAUAAUUGGAUUAUUAGUAUUUUUUUCUUAUGCAAUUGUCCUUAACACUGUUGUGCCAAUAUCACUCUACGUUUCAGUGGAGGUAAUACGUUUUGCCCAAUCAUUUUUAAUUAAUUGGGAUGAAGAAAUGUGCUAUGAAAAGACCAAAACCCAUGCAAAAGCAAGGACAACUACACUCAAUGAAGAAUUGGGACAAAUUCAGUACAUUUUUUCAGAUAAAACUGGAACAUUAACACAAAAUGUUAUGACAUUUAAUAAAUGCAGUAUAAAUGGCAGGUCAUUUGGUGAUGUUUAUGAUCCAAGGACGGGCGAAAUACUUGAAACGAGUGAUGAUAUACCAUUGGUUGAUUUCUCUUCAAACGUAGAAUAUGAGCCCACAUUCAAAUGGCAUGAUCAAACGCUUCUGGAUGCAGUGAAAUCAGACGAAGGACACGUUCAUACAUUUUUUCGUCUGCUAGCACUUUGUCAUACAGUUAUGCCAGAGUAUGUAGAUGGAAGGUUAGAGUACCAAGCACAGAGCCCAGAUGAAUCGGCUUUGGUAUCAGCAGCGCGAAAUUUUGGUUUUGUUUUUAGGUCUAGAACACCAAACAGUAUUACGAUAGAAGUUAUGGGUCGAAAAGAGGAAUAUGAACUCUUAGGGAUAUUGGAUUUUAACAACGUUAGAAAACGAAUGUCAGUGAUAUUACGUAGAAAUAAUAAGUUAGUUUUAUAUUGUAAAGGAGCAGAUAAUGUUAUUUACGAUAGAUUAAGUUCCAAUCAAUUAGAUAUAAAGGCCCGAACCCAAGAGCAUUUGAAUAAAUUUGCUGGUGAAGGUCUUCGAACUUUGGCUCUUGCCGAACGUCAUUUAGAAGAAGAUUUUUUUAAUUCAUGGCGACGAAGACAGCAAGAUGCCGCAGUUGCACUCACUGAUCGAGAAGACAAACUCGAUGCAAUUUAUGAAGAAAUCGAAUGCGAAUUGGAAUUAGUUGGUGUUACUGCGAUUGAAGAUAAACUUCAAGAUGGUGUACCUGAGACAAUUGCUAAUCUUCAAAUGGCUGGUAUUAAAAUUUGGGUACUUACUGGUGAUAAGCAGGAAACUGCCAUAAACAUUGGUUAUUCUUGCCAACUACUUACCGAUGAUUUUGUGGAUGUGUUUAUUGUUGAUGGUACUUCAUUUGACGAAGUUGAAAAACAAUUAAAACUAUUUAAGGAAUCUGUAAAAAUUGUUAAUAAAUUUCACCCCAAUCCUCCCAUUGUAGAUAAUCUAACCACAUCAUUUAAUAAAUCAAAUCAAAAUGGACUAUCGUCUAUGAAUGAAUCGAAGCCAACAGUGCCAUCACCACCAGCGAUAUCGGUGGUUACUUUUAGCGCUGAAUGCAACGAAAUGUAUGAUGAAAUGGAAAGAAACUCAGCAAAAGUUCAUAUUGAUACGGAAGAACGCGUUGGUUUUGCUAUUGUUGUUAAUGGGCAUUCACUUGUUCAUUGCCUUUCACCGGAACUUGAAUCAAGAUUCCUCGAUAUAGCUGGACAAUGUAAAUCGGUAAUAUGUUGUCGAGUUACACCACUUCAGAAAGCCUUAGUUGUCGAGCUGAUAAAACGUUCGCGAAAUGCUGUAACGUUAGCGAUAGGUGAUGGGGCCAAUGAUGUUUCUAUGAUAAAAGCGGCCCACAUUGGUGUCGGAAUAUCUGGACAAGAAGGACUGCAGGCAGUACUCGCUAGUGAUUAUUCGAUUGCCCAAUUUCGAUAUCUUGAACGACUUCUUUUAGUGCAUGGCCGUUGGUCAUACUAUAGAAUGUGUAAAUUUUUACGAUAUUUUUUUUAUAAAAACUUCGCCUUCACUUUAUGCCAUUGUUGGUAUUCGUUUUUUUGUGGUUUUAGCGCUCAGACCGUUUUUGACCCGAUGUUUAUAUCAGUAUACAAUCUAUUCUACACAUCACUGCCAGUAUUAGCGCUUGGUGUUUUCGAACAAGACGUUUCUGACAAACAUAGUGUAGAAUUUCCAAAGCUUUAUACACCCGGAUUGAAGAGUUCACUCUUCAAUACUCAGGAAUUCGUGCGUAGCGUAUUGCACGGAGUCUUUAGUUCCUUAGUCUUAUUUUUAAUACCAUAUGGAACGUACAAAGAUGGAAUCUCUCCAGGUGGUUAUGUUUUAAGUGAUCACAUGACUCUAGGAGCUGUUGUGGCCACAAUACUUAUUAUAGACAAUACAGCUCAGAUCGCUCUCUACACAUCCUAUUGGACGGUAGUUAAUCAUAUUAUGAUAUGGGGUAGUCUCAUAUGGUAUUUCAUAUUGGACUAUUUUUAUAAUUAUGUUAUUGGUGGACCUUAUGUUGGCUCACUGACACAUGCAAUGAAAGAAGCUACAUUUUGGUGUACAACUGUGAUAACAGUUACCGUCAUAACAAUGCCGGUAUUGGCGUAUAAAUUUUACUCAGUGGAUUUGUUUCCUAGUUUAUCCGAUAAGAUUCGGUAUAAACAACGUGCUGCUCAAUUAAAACUCAGGCAAGGUACUCGUAUUCAACGUGUGACAUCGAGUAGAAGAGGCCGACGUUCCUUGCGAUCUGGAUAUGCAUUUGCUCAUCAGGAAGGUUUUGGCCGUCUCAUAACAUCUGGAAAAAUAAUGCGAAAACUUCCACAAGAAUUCGCAUUCCCCCUUGGUCUCGGUACAAAAAGACAAACAUCAUCAACAGACAAUGACGAACCCAAACACAGUACUAACACAUCUCCCAAUAGCUCAACAACGCCUUAUAAAUCAGACGAUGUGAGUCCACGCGCACCCUGCCAGGAUUUAGAUACUAUCAAUCUAUAAUAAAUAAAAUUAAAAUUGAAAAA